AUGUUUCAAGAGCUGAUAAGAGUGGCAGUAUGUGGAGAUGAAUUUGUUGGGAAAUCAUCAUUGAUAACAUCAUUAAUAAAAGAAACCAUUUUCGAAUCCCAAUCAAAUAAUGUUUUACCACCAAUAACAAUUUCAAGAAAUGAUUAUAAUGAAAGCUUUAAAGAACAAUCAUUUGCUAAAACCACUAAACUGGAAUAUUCAAAAGAUAUAUCUGAAUAUAUACCCAAUACCACAACAAUAGUAGAUACUGAUCCAUCAGAUCAUGCAUUAUUAACACAAGAACUAAAAAGAGCUGAUGUAAUAUGGUUAGUUUAUUCAGAUCAUUACACUUAUGAAAGAAUUUCAUUACAUUGGAUGCCAAUUUUUAGAUCAUUAGGACUUAAUUUACCUAUAAUAUUAUGUGCAAACAAAUCAGACUUAUCAACCAAGAAUUUGUGGAAAUAUCAAAAUAAUGAUGAAUUCAUCCCAUUAAUCAAUGAAUUUAAAGAAAUUGAAGCUGGGGUUAGAUGUAGUGCAAAAAAUAAUUAUAACGUUGUUGAAGCUUUUUAUCUUUGUCAAAGAGCAGUUACUCAUCCUAUAUCACCUAUAUUUGAUGCAAAAGAAGGUAAUUUGAAACCUGGCGCAAUUGCUGCUCUAAGGCGUGUUUUUUUCUUAUUUGAUACUGAUCUUGAUGGAUAUUUAAAUUUUGUAGAGUUUAAUGAAUUACAUAAAAAAUGUUUUGGAUUUAUGUUGGAAAUAGAAGAUUUUGAUGAGAUUAUUAAAUAUAUAAAUUUAAAAUUGUUAGAUCAAAAUAGUAGUGGGAUAAGUGAAGAUGGGUUUAUUUUAUUGAAUAAAUUAUAUGCUGAAUCUGGUAGACAUGAAACUAUUUGGGGUAUACUAAGAGCUAAUCAUUAUACAAAUUCAUUAUCACUAAAUGAUAAAUUUUUAUCCCCGCAUCUAGAUUUAAAUCCAAACGCAAGUGUUGAGUUAAGUCCUACAGGUUAUAGAUUUUUAGUUGAUUUAUUUAUAAAAUUCGAUAAAGAUAAUGAUGGUGGAUUAAAUGAAGAAGAACUUAAAAAUCUAUUUAGACCAACGCCAGGAAUACCCAAAUUAUGGAUAGAAACUAAUUUUCCCUCAUCUAUAUUAUGUAAUGAAGAAGGAUAUGUAACAUUACAAGGUUGGCUAGCACAAUGGAACUUAACUACUUUCUUAAGCUAUAAAACAACAUUAGAAUAUUUAGCAUAUUUAGGAUUUGAUGAAAGUAAUUCAAUAAAAGCUUUAAAAGUAACAAAACCAAGAAAGACAAGACAAAAACAAGGUAAAAUUUAUAGAAAUUCAGUAAAUGAUAGAAAUAUUUUCAAUUGUUUUAUUAUUGGUGCUCCAAAAGCUGGUAAAUCUUCGUUAUUGGAUCUGUUUUUACAUGGAACUUAUAGUGAUAUGUAUUCACCUACUAUACAACCAAGAUUAGUCAUUAAAGAUAUUGAAAUAAGAGGUGGUAAACAAUGUUAUUUGAUUUUAGAAGAAUUGGGAGAAUUGGAACCAGCCAUUUUGGAAAACAAAAAAAGAUUAGAUGAAUGUGAUGUUAUAUGUUAUACUUAUGAUUCCUCAGAUCCUGAAUCAUUUCAAUACUUAGUGGAUUUAAGAAAAAAAAAUUUACAUUUAGAUGAAAUACCUUCAGUGUUUGUUGCAUUGAAAGCAGAUCUAGACAAACAACAACAAAGAUCAGAUGUACAACCUGAAAAUUAUACAAGAGAUUUAUUUUUAAAUUCUCCUUUACAUAUAUCAUCAUCUUGGAAUAGUUCAUUACAUGAAUUAUUUAUACAAUUAGUUGAUGCUGCUAAAAACCCAUCAACUUCAACACCAGGGUUAGAGAUUGAAAAAUCAGUAGAUGAAGAAAAUUUAAAGCAUUUAUUCAUGGCUGGUGGAGCUAUUGGUGUAAUGGCAUUAGUUAGUAUAUGGAUGUUAAAUAGUAUGAGAAGAAGAUAA